AUGCGCACGCUCCCUUCUUCACUCGAUCGGAUUCCGGGUCUCCGCCAUACCAUCUACGCCGACGACGUCACGCUGUGGACGACUACGGGCUCAGACGGGCAGAUCGAGGAGACCCUCCAACGUGCGGCCGACGCCGUCGUUAGCCACGCGACGCAGGCGGGCCUCACGUGCUCGGAGAGCAAGUCGGAGCUCUUACUGCUUCGCCCUCCCGACCGCCGUAGCAAGUCUCCUCCCCUACCGGCCAUCCACGUCUAUGUCAAUGGUGUAGCCGUACCGCACGUUGACCACAUCCGCAUUUUAGGCCUAUUCGUUCAAUCGAAUCAACGCAACACCAUCGCGCUCGAACGCCUCACCGUCACCGUUACUCAAACGACCCGCCUCAUAGCUCGCGUGUCGGCUCGAAAGCAAGGAAUUAAAGAGAAAGACCUGCUCCAGCUUAUCCACGCCUUCGUCAUCUCUCGUCUCACGUACGCGCUACCCUACCUUCGCCUACUGGGAUGCGAGAGGGACAGAGUCGACCGACUCAUCCGCAAAGUGUACAAGACGGCUCUUGGCCUCGCCCGUACGACUUCUACGUCGAAUGUCCUCAGCCUUGGCAUCCACAACACCGUCGACGAACUCAUCGAAGCACACCGUACAGCACAAAUCCAGCGACUUCGCGGCAGCAAGACCGGCCGCUAG